AUGCGGGCGAGCCCGUUCGUGCUGCGGGUGAGAAUGAGACUUGCCCUCAGCUUCAGGGACCUGAGGUAUGAGUACAUCGAGGAGGAGAUCUUCGGCAACAAGAGCGAGAUCCUUCUCAAGUCCAACCCGGUGUACAAGAAAGUGCCCGUGCUCAUCCACAACGGCAAGCCCGUCUGGGAGUCGCAUAUCAUUGGGCAAUUUAUUGACGAGGUCUUCGGCGCCACCGGCCCCUCUCUUCUCAUCGCAGACCCCUACGACCGCGUCGUGGCUCGCUUUUGGGCUGCAUACAUUGACAAGGUACAUGCCACCAUGCAAAAUACCCUGUUCCGUAUUUUCAUUGAAGAAUUUUGA